GCGAAGCCUCAGUGAUCAUGUGAGUCUGAAGAUGCUGCUUCUUUUUUGUUUUGAGGUCUUUUUUCACUUUUUCCCGACGCGUUUCCUUUAAAUGUGGUUCCCCGUCUGUGUACCUGUACCACUCUAAUCCUCGUACGUGAUUGGCCCAAUUGUGCGCCCAUAAAAGUAGUUUCGCGUUUGCGUGUUUGUGAGAUAUUCAGCAGAGCUAACCAAUGGCGGCUGAAGAUUCGGGUCAGCGCUUCUAGUUUGCUACAAAGCAUCGGUUCUUACAGUCGGCUCAUUGGCGACGUUCAGCGAGUUCUGGCGCCAUUUUUGAGAGAACGAAGCGGAAAGGAAAAUUGAAGCGCGGCAGAAGAUGAGUUUUGGUGUGAAGAAAGAGGACAGAGCAGAGUCUCCAGGGUCCGGAUGUGUGACUAUGAAGAAUGACUGGUCCAGAUGUGAGCCUCCACCAUUCAGUCCUGAACCUGGACCCUCAGACACAAAAGGUCAGAGCCACAGAAAAAGAGCAGAACCUCCAGGACCCAGCUGUCUGUCUAUGAAGAGCGACGCAUCCAGACUUGAGCCUCCAGUCUUCAGUCAUGAACCUCCAGGACCCAGCUGUCUGUCUAUGAAGAGUGACUGGUCCAAAGAAGAGCUGGAAUACUUCAGUCAUGAACCUCCAGGACCCAGCUGUCUGUCUAUGAAGAGUUACUGUUCCAGACUUGAGCCUCCAGUCUUCAGUAAUGAACCUCCAGGACCCAGCUGUCUGUCUAUGAAGAGCGACGCAUCCAGACUUGAGCCUCCAGUCUUCAGUCAUGAACCUGAAGCCUCAGACACAAACGAGAAGAAGAGAAGCUGUGUUCCUGUGGAGGAGCAGCCGUUCUUCUGUGUUGUGUGUCAGAAGGUUCUGAAGGAUCCAGUCUCUAGCAGCUGUGGACACUGGUUCUGCAGACAGUGCAUCACCUCAUACUGGGACCAGUCUGGACCAUCAGGAGACUCUUCCUGUCCCCAGUGUGGAAAAAGACCCAGAACCAGAGCUGGACAAAAGCUGAUCCAUCAGAUCAAAACUGUCCGAACAGAUGUUGCUUUGCAGGAGGCUUUAGAUGAACAUAAGCUCAGUCUGAGGAGCAGAUGUGAACGUGUGGCUGAAGGAGGUGAAACAGGAAGUGGAGUCCUCCUCACCAGCAUCUACACUGAGCUCUACAUCACAGAGGAACAGAGUGAAGAGGUGAACACCCAACAUGAGGUGAUGCAGCUGGAGACAGCUUCCAAGGAGAAGAUGCUCCAUGAUGCUCCCAUCAAAGUCCACGACAUCUUUAAAGCCUCCUCUGACCCACACGGACCCAUCAGUCCGGUUCUGACCAACGAGGACCCACACGGACCCAUCAGACCGGUUCUGACCAACGAGGACCCACACGGACCCAUCAGACUGGUUCUGACCAACGGCGUCGCUGGCGUUGGAAAAACCAUCUCUGUGCAGAAGUUCACUCUGGACUGGGCCGAGGGCCGGGAAAACCCAGACCUCAGUGUUCUGGUUCCGCUGUCGUUCAGGGAGCUGAACCUGAUCAGAGAUCAGCAGCACAGCCUUCUCACGCUGCUCCAUGUUUUCCAUCCAACGCUCCAAAAGGUCCCAGCACAGCAGCUCGCUGUCCUGAAGCUUCUGUUCAUCUUUGACGGCCUGGAUGAAAGCAGACUCUCACUGGACUUCAGCCACAUGAAGGUUGUGUCUGACAUCACACACAAGUCAUCGGUCAACGUGCUGCUGACCAACCUCAUCCAGGGGAACCUGCUUCCCUCGGCUCUGGUCUGGAUCACUUCCCGUCCCGCAGCGGCCCAUCGGAUCCCUCCUGAGUAUGUGGACCGAGUCACAGAAGUACGAGGCUUCACCGACGCCCAGAAGGACGAGUACUUCAGGAGGAGAUCCAGCCACGAGCAGCUGUCCAGCAGAAUCAUCUCACACGUCAAGACGUCCAGGAGCCUCCACAUCAUGUGUCAGAUCCCAGUGUUCUGCUGGAUCACUGCUACGGUUCUGGAGCACAUGUUGACUACAGAGCAGAGAGGAGCGCUGCCCAAGACCCUGACGGACCUGUACUCACACUUCCUGCUGGUCCUGACCCAGAGGAAGAGGAACAAGUACCAUGAGGGACAUGAGACCAGUCCACAGGAGCUGACGGAGGCUGACAGGGAAGUUCUCCUGAAGCUGGGGAGGCUGGCGUUCAAACAUCUGGUGGAAGGAAACAUCUUGUUCUACCAAGAAGACCUGGAGCAGUGUGGUCUAGACGUCACAGAGGCCUUGGUUCACUCAGGAGUCUGUACUGAGAUCUUCAGGAGAGAGAGUGUGAUCUUCCAGAAAACAGUCUACUGCUUUGUUCAUCUGAGCGUUCAGGAGUUUCUGGCUGCUGUUUACAUGAUGCACUGUUGCACCAACAGGAAAAUAGAGGAAUUGGAGGAAUUCCUGAAAGACUCCAAUGUUCCUCUGGAUGUUGUCCUGAGUAGAUCCAUGUCUAAAUCCCUCCUGAGUCCAAAUGGCCACCUGGACCUGUUUGUUCGCUUCCUUCAUGGCCUCUGUCUGGAGUCCAACCAGAGAAUCUUAGGAGGUUUGCUGGGUCACAAAAAGACCAGUCCAGAAACCAUCCAGAGAAUCAUCAACAACCUGAAGGAGAUGAACAGGUAUAGAAUCUCUCCAGACAGAAGCAUUAACAUCUUCCACUGUCUGAUGGAGAUGAACGACCACUCAGCCUAUCAGCAGAUCCAAGAGUUCCUGAAGUCAGAGAACAGAUCAGAGGAACUCUCCUUGAUCCAGUGCUCAGCUCUGGCCUACAUGCUGCAGAUGUCAGAGGAGGUUCUGGAUGAGUUGGACCUGAACAAGUACAACACAUCAAAGGAGGGACGAUGGAGACUGAUCCCAGCUGUGAGGAACUGCAGAAAAGCUCGACUUAUUAACUGUUGGCUCACAGAGACUGACUGUGAAGUUGUGGCCUCAGCUCUGAAGUCCAACCCGUCACAUCUGAAACAACUGGACCUGAGUAAGAACGACCUACAGGACUCAGUGAAGGUUCUGUGUGCUGGACUGGAGAGUCCUCACUGUCGACUGGAGACUCUUAGAUUGAGUCACUGCAGUUUGUCAGAGAUCAGCUGUGAUUCUCUGGUCUCAGCUCUGCAGUCCAACACAUCACAUCUGACACAACUGGACCUGAGUAAGAAUGACCUUCAGAAUUCAGGCUUGAAGCAGCUGUGUGUUUUUCUGGAGGAUUGUCGGUGUCAACUGAAGUCUCUGAGAUUGAUUCAAUGUAGUUUGUCAGAGAUCAGCUGUGAUUCUCUGGGCUCAAGUCUGAAGUCCAACCCGUUUCAUCUGACACAUCUGGAUCUAAGUGAGAACGACCUGCAGGAUUUAGGAGUGAAGCAUCUGUGUGGUUUUCUGGAGAGCCAUAACUGUCUACUGGAGACUCUGAGACUGAGUUUGUGUGACCUGUCAGAGAGAAGCUGUGAAGCUCUGUCCUCAGUUCUCAGCUCCCAGUCAUCUAGUCUAAGAGAUCUGGACCUGAGUAACAACAACCUGCAGGAUUCAGGAGUUAAGCUACUGUCUGCUGGACUGAAGAGUCCUCACUGUCGACUGGAGACUCUCAGGUCAGAAGAGUUAUUAUACAGGCAGCUGUCAGGCUGUCUGCUCUCAGAGGAAGCUUGUGUCUCUCUGGCCUCAGCUCUGAGCUCCAACCCCUCCCAUCUGAGAGAGCUGGACCUGAGCUACAAUCAUCUAGGAGACUCAGGAGUGGAGCUGCUGUCUGCUGGAGUAAAGGAUCCACACUGGAGACUGGACACUUUCAGCUAUGGAGACUACACACAGUGUCUAAUAGAGGAACAAGACAUGGUUGAGCCUGGUGGAGUCCAAUGCUUGAAACCAGGUCUAAAAAAGUAUUUCUGUCAACUCACCAUCGACACAAACACAGUGAACAGGAAACUACAACUGUCUGACAACAACAGGACGGUGACACAUGUGGACGAGGAUCAGUUAUAUCCUGAUCAUCCAGACAGAUUUAAGGAUUUGCCUUAUUUACUGUGUAGUAAUGGCCUGACUGGUCGCUGUUACUGGGAGGUUGAGUGGAGAGGAAACGUUUAUAUAUCAGUGAAUUACAUAGGAAUCAGAAGGAAUGGAGACAGUAAAGACUGUUUGUUUGGAUGGAAAGAUCAGUCCUGGAGUCUGUGCUGCUCUGAUGAUGGUUACUCUAUCAGCCACAAUAACAGACUAACAGCCAUCUCCUCCCCCUCUGUGUCUCACAGAGUAUCAGUGCAUGUGGACUGUCCUGCUGGUUCUCUGUCCUUCUACAGAGUCUGCUCUGACAAACUGAUCCACCUUCACACCUUCAACACCACAUUCACUGAACCUCUUCAUCCUGGGUUCGCGUUCUGGUUUCCUGGUUCCUCAGUGUCGCUGUGUGAUGUGUCGCAGUGAGAGUUUGAUCCUGUCAGAGAAACAUAGUCACUGUUGAACAUAGUUCAUGUCUUGUUUUCAGAUUCAUGUAUUAAACCAGUUGUUUUCUGA